GGGGCGGACGCCGCGCUGCGGGCGCUGGCGCCGCCGUUAGACUGGCGGGCGGAGCGCGCGCGGGGAGCAGAGCCCUCGCCUGCGCAGCACGUGGCAGCGCCCGUCCCCGCGAGAACCCGGAUGUGAGAUCAUCCCUGCACGCAGCGUGACCCCCUCCCUGCCCGGAAGUGAGGCGGCUGGGGCUGUACGGGAGCCGGGAGGUGUCGGGCAGGGGUGGGUUGGGGCGGGGGGUCUGGGCUUCGUCCCCGGCGCUCGUAGCAAGGAAGGUUGUGAGGGGGCGGAAAUGUGGCUCCGCGACCGCCCUGCCUCGCCGCUCCCCCCUCCCACCGGGCACCAGUGACCGCCCGCCAGCAUGAGACCCGCCGCCGAGCCGCUUAGCCCGCGCCGCGCUCCGGAAAAUUGCUGAAGAGUGGUCUGCUGCCGUGAUACUGUAAAUCUGCAAUAAAGGUGGCAAUGUCGAGAGUCCCCACCCCUCCACCACCUGGAGAGAUGUCCAGUGGACCUGUGGCCGAAAGCUGGUGUUACACACAGGUGAAAGUAGUAAAAUUUUCCUACAUGUGGACCAUUAAUAACUUCAGUUUUUGCCGAGAAGAAAUGGGUGAAGUUUUAAAGAGUUCUACAUUUUCAUCAGGGCCAAAUGACAAAAUGAAGUGGUGCCUGAGAGUAAACCCAAAGGGUUUAGAUGAUGAAAGCAAAGACUACCUGUCAUUAUAUUUGCUUUUAGUCAGUUGUCCAAAAAGUGAAGUCAGAGCAAAAUUCAAAUUUUCCCUUCUGAAUGCUAAAAGAGAAGAAACAAAAGCAAUGGAAAGCCAAAGAGCAUAUCGAUUUGUGCAAGGCAAGGAUUGGGGUUUUAAAAAAUUUAUCCGAAGAGAUUUUUUACUUGAUGAAGCUAAUGGUUUGUUACCAGAUGACAAGCUUACAUUAUUUUGUGAGGUAAGCGUGGUCCAAGACUCAGUAAAUAUAUCAGGACAGUCUAAUACAAACACUUUGAAGGUACCUGAAUGUCGACUAGCAGAAGAUUUAGGGAAUCUCUGGGAAACCACAAGAUUUACAGAUUGCAGUUUUUGUGUAGGAGGACAAGAAUUCAAAGCUCAUAAGUCUGUCCUUGCAGCUCGUUCACCAGUUUUUAAUGCAAUGUUUGAACAUGAAAUGGAGGAAAGCAAAAAGAAUCGUGUAGAAAUAAAUGAUGUAGACCCUGAGGUUUUUAAAGAAAUGAUGAGAUUCAUUUACACAGGGAAAGCGCCAAACCUUGACAAAAUGGCUGACAACUUGUUGGCAGCUGCAGACAAAUAUGCACUGGAACGGCUGAAGGUCAUGUGUGAGGAGGCACUCUGUAGUAACCUCUCAGUAGAAAACGUUGCUGACAUUCUUAUCCUCGCAGAUUUGCACAGCGCAGAACAGUUGAAAGCACAAGCAAUAGAUUUUAUUAACAGGUGCAGUGUUCUUAGACAACUUGGGUGUAAAGAUGGGAAAAACUGGAAUAGCAACCAAGCAACAGACAUAAUGGAAACAGCAGGCUGGAAGUCCAUGAUCCACUCUCAUCCUCACUUAGUGGCAGAGGCCUUUCGAGCAUUAGCAUCUGCACAGUGUCCACAGUUUGGCAUUCCACGCAAACGACUAAAGCAGUCAUGAAAUCUUCCAUGAACUUUAGAGAAACUGAAAUGACUCUACUCCUCCAUGUCCAGAGGUGUUUUCACAAACCAUAACAAGAAUUUUUGUUAUCCUUGUCCACAGAACAGAAGCUGAAAAAGCCUAUUGUUUGCUUUUCAGUUGGAUAAUUUAUGGUUUAAUCCUCAGCUUUAAAUUAGACUGAUUACUCUCUAAUUCACUGAAAGGCCUUAAAUUAUCUUCAAUGACUCUCUAGUCCAUAUAGUCUAAUGUAUCUUGAUUUUUUUUUUUAUUGUGCCUUGUCUUUCUGACUAGGCUAUGCAGGAUUGCACUAGCUCCAUAAUGCAGUAAAGUUGAUAACUGAAGAUUAACUUUUGAAAGGGAUCUUCCAUUAUUUUCAAAAAAAAAAAAAAAAAAAAUGAAGAUUAUAGUUUGGUUCUGUGCUAACUGGAAGGUUUCAACUAGACUCUCUUUAAAAGGACUUGAACUGGAGGCACAUAAUGUGCCCCCAAUCCAAGUACAAUACAUAGGGAGAACCAGUUUACUUUCAGAGGAUGCCAACAGGCUAUUAAUGGCAAUAUACUGCUUUGAACAUAAUUUAUUUUUCAUUGUGGGGGCAAAUAUGCAAUGGUUUGGCCCAAAAAUGUAUUUUCAAUAUAGUUUGUAAUGCCUAUUGUGUGUAUGUCAAAGCUGUCCAACGAACGUUAAAAAAGAAACACAUAAUAAACCUUUUGCCUGUGUUUCUUCAUGGUCCAUCACUAGUUUACAUUUAAUGGAGAAUAGGGUGAGAGGUUAAAGAUUUUUCUGUGAAGAAAGAAUAGUAUUGUAUUUGAAGAAAAAUUAUUUAUAUCCCACAUGUAUGGUUACAUAGAAAAGUAAAGGAUGCAUAGAAUGACCAAAUGUAAAUUUAAGAAAUGGGCCAAAUGGAUUCUGAUUAUGCACUUUUAAUGCGUAACUUUUGUAUGUUGUGUGGUACAUAUAUAUUUUGCUUUUGAUGAAUUAAUGAGGUACCGGUAAUUGUGGCGUAACUUUUUAAAUACAUUUUAAGAUGCCCACAGCCACAUGGGAUUUAGUUUUCUUAUUAUGAACAAGAAAAGCAUGUCUUUGAAGACUUAAUUGAACAUGACUAUUGUAAGCUCUCAUGUUCUAUGUUGAAUAUUUUCACAUUUUUGAGAAAGGCAUGUGAAUGACGAAACAAAACUUCGGAAGAGGGUCUGUUCUCCACUCAACAUGUGUGCACAAUUUCCAUUCAUACCAGUGGAAGUAACGUAUAGUAGGAAGAAUAGGUACCUGAAAUGUCAGAUGGUAUUUGCAAGCAUAGACUUGCUUUUUCUAGCAUUUCAGUUGUUGUACUAGCAUUGUGGAUGGUAUAAUGUGAAAAGGAUGAAACAUUUGUAAAGUGCUUAUCAUGGGCCAGUUCUUUAUUAUAUGAACUUCAGCUUUAAUACCAACAUUUUCAGUGUUUGAUAGCUUUGUUUACAAUUGCGGGGGAAAUCUGCAGUAGUGCACAUUCUAAAUGUUUCCUGAGUUAUAACAUUGAAUUUACUGUAAGGGUGGUAAUAUGCUAUAUUUUUUGUUUGGCAAGAUUGCAUUUAACAGUGGGAAAUGAGAGGAGAUCUCACUGUAAUUUAUAAACAUAUUAAGAUAAAGACUUCAGUUUGCCUAUAGACUUACAUGAAAAAUGAAAUUUAAGAUUUACCUUCUGAAAAGAUAUCUCCUUCCUAAGUUCUUUAAGAUUUCUCAGAAUUAAUGCUCAUGAAGUUUUAGGAGGGUAAAGUAUAUAUGCUUUUAUAUUUUGUUACCAAGUAAACCUUUAGCAUAGACCAACCAGAAAUAAGUGCCCAGUCCAGUUUUUAAAAAACAAACCUCCAAAUGCUUGCACACACUGUGUUUGAACUAAAUCUUAAUGUGGCUUAAAUAUAAAAUCUUCUUAGACAAGUAUCUGAACGGUACAGGGGGCAUCUUACCUGACUCUAUUUAUGGAGCAAUUUAUCAGUUUUUUCUUUAAAUAUUCAUCUAAAUUAAGAUUUUGUAAGCAUUCUUCAUAAUAGGGUUUAUAAGGAUCCUUGUUCCCUCCAAAAUAGCGACAUUUUUGCUGCAGUGUGUAUUACAAAUUAGAACUAAUAUAUUCGUACUCAUCAUGAACAAGCUCACUGUUGAAACUUGCAGCUCUAAUAUACAAAGUGACUUGAAUAUUUAAUACUGUAAUUAUGAUUGUCCAGUUCAGCUUGUUCUAAAUUACAACAUACAGCUAUCUAAUGCGAAGCUUAAGGAUUUUGUUCUGAAGGUUUUUUUAAAAAGCUUAAUGGCACACUUUGUACCAAAAAUUGUCAAACACUGUGCUGUAAGUAUAUCUGCAUUUGUAGAAAUAUCCAUUUUUCCAGUAAGGCAGUGCAUACCAUGUACAGUAAUGGAAAAUCACGACAAUUGAUCUGCUUAUAUUUGAUUUAUUAUGUAUAAUUUUAAGUUUGUCAGCUCUUAAGAAAAAGGUAAAACAAUUGCUGUAUUCUUCAGUGUGCACUAAUUAUUCACCUUCUCAUUCUUGGUUGAACCACAUGCAGUGUUCUCACCCAAAUAAAUAGCUGGUCAGAACAAUUUUCUCCUUUAGAUUCAGCCCCUUGUUUUUAUUCCCCACAUCUCAAGAGUGCGUUCUUUAAAAACACAAUGACCAGUUUUAAGUUCAGCAGAUGUAAAACUCUCUCUAGUAUAAAAGUACAGUUUUUUCGGGCCAGCAUACAGAAAUCCUGAAAAUGUAUUUAGUCUGUUUAAAGGAUUUGGAGCACAAAGUGUAACGGUGUCUUGUUUUUGCUUUCUAACACUAGUCUCUUAAAUAUACAAUAGCUACCACUUUCAAACUUUUCUAGGGAGAACCCUGCAUGUGUGUGUGUGUGUAUCUGCGAUUUUGUGUGGUGCUUUUUUUUUUUAAUGACUUUCUAAAAAUAAGCACUCAGUUCACUGUUGGAAUGAUGGUAGAGCUGAUUACAUCAUUUUUCCAUUUGGACCUUUUCUGGGGAGGUGUUUUGAAUGAAGUUUUAAAAAAAUCCUUGUUUUAUAGUCCAUUUACUGCAUUCUGAAGUAUGAACACAGCGUGCCUUUUCUAAUAUACCUUUGCAAUGAAUACAAGAUUAAUAGGAUAUUAAAUCUUUUAAAAAGGUAUUUUACAAGCUCUUAAGGAGAAUGGUGUUUGGUACAAAAAUAACUAGAGUUGAGGUAGAUACAAGUUAUGGAAUACUGAUUUGAACUCCACCAUGUUUUGCUUGGUUCUUAUUUGGUUCUUAAAUUCAGAUUACUGUCUGGAUAAUAAAUACUAAAACUUUUAACAAGUUUUACAGACUUGUGUAUUAGAUAAUGGUCUCCUGCAAAAAUAUAAUACUGGUUGUAUGAUUACAAACUGAUUUUUUUUUGUUUUGUUUGUGAUUUCUUAAAUGUGGAAAUUGCAAACACAAAGGAAGGUUUAAGUUAUCUAGGGUGAUUUGGGUCUUUCACUUCAAGUAUUUGAUUCUCAUAGUGAUUUAAAUAUUUAGAGUGAAACUCACCACUGUUUAGGGACAGCGUAAGGCCUACGUACCACCUACCUGCAUAGAAUAAUCCACCCUCAUGGAAUAAGACUACUGUUAUAGAAGAUACUAGAGUGCAAACUGAGAUACAACUAAUGCUAUCAAAACUAAUGUUAAAAUCUAGUUUGCCCAAGUUAAAUAUUCUUAAUUUUAAUUUACACUAAAAUUCACUAUUAACUUUUCUCUCAAAUGGCAUUGAUCUCACGGUAGGUGUGUAGUUUAUAGUCUAUCUUAAUUAGUCUCGCAACUUGGCUUUUGUUUGCAGUAAAUGGACUUAGUUUGGAAAGGGAAUUCAUUUUUUUAAGUGUUUGCAUUGGUAGACUUCAUCAUCUCUGUAACCUAGCUAAUCCUGGUUUUUGAGACUUCAAAAAAGAAGGCUUAACAUAAAUGAGUCCUAUUUUAGAAAUGAAACAAAUGAAAUGAUUUAGACCUGUUUUGAGGUGGAAAUGAUUAAGAGAAUUCAGAUAUGUGAACACUUGCAUCAAACCAUCCAGCAUUUUUAUCAGCUGAUGUUAAUGGUGAAAUACUUUUUGUAUCUUGUUGCUGAAAAUAUUUUUUGCAUUUCAGCACAUCAAGUUACAAUAAAGUUGUUACUUAUACAGAA